UUACGACGGUUCCUCAUCAUCGUCAUUGGAGGACAUCUGAUCAACUUUAGCAUGAAGGAUGCGACACAGAGCGCGAUUUACAGAAGUUGCUAUGCAAAUAAACAUUUGACUAUGUAAACACACGACUGAAUUCUCAACCGUCGGCUUUAUUUUACCAUCUCCAUUUCUCUCUCAUAUUCAUGUCAAUUAUUACCACAAGGGUGAGAUUACCGCACACUAAGAGAGCUCAUCGUAGAGAAAUCCGGGAAGUGAUUAGGUACAUUUACAAGAAUAUUACGGAAACGUCUUAUGCGCGCCAUACAUCAUGAGCGAGUAUGAUGGCAUGGUUGAUUUCCUAUGCGCUACGCGCGUGAAUGGAGCGACAUCAAAGGCGCGAGUUGGAACUGAGUAACACGAGCUGUACACGCAAGAGGCAACUGCAUUCACAUAGAGUCACUGUGACGGGCUCUUCUCUUGAGUCAGUGCCAGCAGUUAGCUACUUUAUCCAUAUCCGUUUACUGAAGUAUAGCCAUACCAGGAUCGAAGAAGGUGGCGUCCACGCGUCGCACGACUGGAGAUUAACAGUGUAUUUUGAGUGGUUGGGGUUCUUGUGUCUAGGGAAACAUAUUUCGAGUCCGUGGUUUCUCUGGCUCUCUCGUCGCAUUUACCAAAUAAAACAAUACGCAUGCCACACGCGUUUGGAUCCGCGUUGGUGAUGCCAUGCCGCUCAACCACAGCGGAGAUGAGGCCGGCUCCGGGCUCUGGAUGAACGCAUCUCCGGGGCAACACGCCGAAAGUUACGGAUCACACAAUGUGGAAUGUGGUAAUAAGAUGAAGAACAAUUCCUCACAGGCAGUGGACGGCUUGUUGUCCGUAUUUCAUGCCGGCACAGGUGUAGCGGGCACGGAGAGAGACCGGGGGAAACAGGGCGCUCGGUUGAGUCUGCUCGGGAAGCCCCUGGUGUACGGCGCGCAAAGCGGCCGGAGAAACGCGCGCUAUCGGAGGAUUCAGAACUACCUGUACAACGUGUUGGAGAGACCCAGAUCCUGGGCUUUCAUCUAUCACGCUUUUGUGUUUGUCCUGGUUUUUGGCUGCUUAGUGCUGUCUGUCUUCUCCACCAUUCCAGAUCACCAGGAAAUCGCCUCUCAAAGUCUUUUCAUCCUGGAGUUUGUGAUGAUCAUUGUUUUUGGGCUGGAGUUCAUCAUUCGGAUCUGGUCUGCCGGUUGUUGUUGCCGAUACAGAGGAUGGCAGGGUCGACUUCGCUUUACAAGAAAGCCAUUUUGUGUCAUAGACAUUAUAGUGCUGAUUGCCUCUCUUGCUGUGGUUUCGGCGGGAAGCCAGAGCAACAUCUUUGCAACAUCUGCACUGCGAAGCUUACGUUUUUUACAGAUCCUGCGAAUGGUGCGCAUGGACCGCCGUGGAGGCACUUGGAAGCUAUUGGGAUCUGUAGUUUAUGCUCACAGCAAGGAAUUGGUCACUGCCUGGUACAUUGGGUUCCUUGUGCUCAUCUUUUCCUCUUUUCUGGUCUAUCUGGUGGAAAAAGAGUUCAAUAAAGACUUUGCCACCUAUGCUGAUGCACUGUGGUGGGGCACGAUCACCCUCACUACAAUUGGAUAUGGAGAUAAGACUCCUAAAACCUGGACUGGAAGAAUGCUGUCUGCUGGUUUUGCCCUUCUUGGGAUUUCUUUCUUCACUCUGCCUGCGGGUAUUCUGGGAUCUGGUUUUGCCCUGAAAGUUCAAGAACAGCACAGACAGAAGCACUUUGAGAAGAGAAGGAACCCUGCUGCCUGCCUCAUACAGUGUGUGUGGCGUAGCUAUGCGGCUGAUGAGAACUCGGCUUCCGUUGCUACAUGGAAGCCUCAUUUGAAGGCGCUGCAUACCUGCAGUCCUACAAAGAAGGACCAAGGCGAGUCAUCUACAAGUCAGAAGCUGAGUUUUAAGGACCGGGUAAGAAUGGCAAGCCCACGUGGACAAAGCAUUAAAAGCAGACAGGCUUCUGUUACAGACAGACGAUCACCUGGAGCCGAGAUCAGCACUGAUGGAUCGAGUCCUGCCAAGGUCCAGAAGAGUUGGAGUUUUAACGACCGCACAAGAUUCAGACCCUCUCUCCGUCUCAAGAGCCAAUCACGAUCCACUCCUGAAGGUGAGGCUAACGCUGGUGUUGAUGAGGGUUUUGAUGAGAAAGGGUGUCAUUGUGACAUGUUGGCGGAUGAUCUGCCAUCCACGUUGAAGUCCGUCAUCAGAGCAGUGAGGAUCAUGAAAUUCCAUGUGGCAAAGAAGAAAUUUAAGGAAACACUACGCCCUUAUGAUGUGAAGGAUGUAAUAGAGCAAUAUUCAUCCGGUCACCUGGACAUGCUCUGUCGAAUUAAGAGUUUGCAGACCAGGGUGGAUCAGAUUCUUGGUAGGGGGCAGAUGGCAAUGGAUAAGAAGAUCAGGGAGAAACUGUUGUCUGAUGGAGACAUGCUAGAAGACGUGAGCAUGCUGGGAAGGGUGUGCAAAGUAGAGAGACAAGUACAGUCUAUCGAAUCAAAACUGGACUCUUUGCUGGACAUCUACCGCCAGGUUCUGAAUAAGGGUUUAUCGUCUGGCCUCACUCUCUCCUCUCUUCCUCCCUUUGGCAUGGAGGAGACAUCAGACUAUCAGAGCACCAUCCUUAGUAAGGAUCUCUGUUGCUCUUCUCAGGUCAGCCAGACCCUCAGCAGCAAUCACCCCAGAGCUCUCCAACUCAUAUUAGCCCCCAAUGAACUCAACCUCAACCAGAACAAUUCCACAACAUCUUCUCCUGGGCUCAAUCCAGCCUCUGCGUCACCAUUUAAUUCAUCCACUUUCCAGGUACCUUCAACCCCAUCCACUGAUUGUCCAUCAGCACAAGGUAGUCCAUCUCAGAUCCUCAGUACCAACAGACUUCACUCUACUGGGGGUCACUUUCCUUUCGUCAGACAACCCCCUCUGCCUCCUCUAUCCACAGCAUCUUCAAAACAUCAGCUAUCUACUGCACCUUCUCAAUCUGGCCUGACCCACAUCAUUGGACCAUGUAGGUCUAACCCAGCUGACUAUGCCCAGUCUUGCUUUAGGGGAGUUGGGCUAGAAUUUGGGCUGAACUCUAGUAUGGGCUGCAAGCUUCAGCAGAGAAGCAGACCCAGUGCUAAAGAGGAUAGUUCUUGGAGGAGACAUAUAAGUCUGGAUUCAGAAAUGUAUAUGGACCCCCUGGCUGCAGUCUCUCCUCUUGCCCCAGAACAAGGCCAAUGCAGUGGAGAUAGAGGACAGGGGAAGUCUCUCUCUGUGCAGGACCUCAUGCAGCCAGUCCUGGUGGAUCUGGAUAUGGACAGACAUUCUAGUCAGGCUAGUUUCUCCACCAGUGUUAGCAGCAGCCAGGACUCCUCAGCUGGGGGGAUUGAGAUGGGGGUGAGGGGCUGGGGAGAAGCUGAUCUCUUUAUCAGCGAUAGAGACCUGGAGAAUUCAACGAAGACGCUUGGUCAAGGGUUCAACUUUCUUCCCCAGCCCACCAUUGAUGCGUCCUUCCCCUCUGAGCUGCUUCGAACAAGUACUACAGCUGGUGCAAGCCACAGCAUAGCAAGUGGACAUACACCCAAUACGGGCAGCAAUGAGUCUAUCAGUAUGCCACAUGUUCGACUAAAAUAACGCAAUCCAACAUGUUACUUAGAAAAUGCCUCCUAUGGAAUGAACCUUGAAAUGAAAGCUUAUUUUAUUUUAGAGGUUUUUGUAUUCUUAUUGAGGGCAAACGGUAUAUAGAACAUAAUGGGAUAGGGUGCCAAUUUUUCCUCUUUCAAUUUUUUUAUAAUUGUUCUUAUGUUGUUGUUUUUUUUUUUUUUCAAAGAAAUGGUUACAUUUCAUAUAGAUCACCGUACAUGACAUAUCAUUGCAUGAAUUGUUCUUUUAAGAUGUACUGUAACAUUAACACAAAUGUGAGGAAUGUGAUAGAAAGUGCUAGAUUUAUAAUCAAAUGGCUAAAAAUGAUCAAAGUCUGAGAUGGCAUGAACUUUUGAAUUGGACUGAAUGAACACUGCAUGUCUCCAUCAGCAAAAGCCCUGUCACCAACCCAAAAUUUAAAACAUGACAGAAAAGAAAAAAAAAUGAAAAAGAGUGUCAUAACAUCAGAGAGCAGAAAUAUUUUGCACCUUCUGACUUUAUCAUGUUAUACUACAAGGUCAUUUACUUUUCUUAUGUAAAAAAGUACCAGAUACAUUAAACAAAUUUGUUGCUGCUGAAAA